UCUGUUUAGCACAACAAAAAUCUCGCCGAUUACAUAAGUCUUCUCCCUCCCAGACUCAGACUGCCUCUGUAAAUUCCACGACCCAAAAAGAGACCUCGCGGAUCUGACCAUUUCCCACUCUACCCUUGCCGUCAACCCACUGUCGGCCAGCUCCGAGCUCCCAGCUCCCAUCCAAAGUCAGUCCAAAGACUCCAGCAAAACGUAAAAUAGUAAUUUAAAUAAUUAACAGUAGCAGAUCCAGAUGGAGAUGGAGAUGGAGAUGGAGGAUGAUAAUAUCUUAAUUCUGCCCACCUGCCCAUUCUCCAUUCCCCAAUUUCCAUCCACCUUCCGCUUCCAGAUGUCCCAAAUUCACUUUUCUUUAUUAUUCACCCAACAGCCGCAACACAGCGCCAACGCCAAGCAAGCUUCUCUCAAUCUCUGUAUAAAUAAAUCCAUGCCAUCCCAAACCCCUUCCUUGAUUCCUAUAUUCAUUCUCUUAAUCUAUCCCCCACCCUCUCUCUCUUUCUCUCUCUCAACUUUCAUGGCCGCCUCGUCUUCUCUACUUCCCAUCUCUCCCAGAAAGCUCCGCUCCGAUCUCUACUCCUUGCCGACGUGCAAACACCCCGACGCCCCACUGGUUAUUUCUGUCCUCGCUUCUCUCAUUGAUAGAACCAUCGCCAGGAAUGAGAGGAUCGCCAAGAACUGGACCACAACGAGAUGGCCUCUCUCCAGGGCCGGGAUUUUCGAGAGCAGCGAGACUCCGGACUUGACCAUUCAGUGCUAUCUGGAGAGGAUUUUCCGGUACACCGGAGCCGCGGCGCCGGUGUUCGUGGUUGCGUACGUUUAUAUUGACAGGUUUUGCCAGAACCAUCCCAAGUUCAGAAUCGCCGCCCGCAAUGUGCACCGGCUGCUCAUCACCACCGUCAUGUUGGCCUCCAAGUACGUGGAGGACAUGAACUAUAGGAACUCCUACUUUGCAAGCGUAGGGGGAAUAACAACGAAGGAAAUGAACAAACUGGAGGUGGAGUUUCUGUUCAUGAUGGAAUUCAAGCUGCAUGUGAAUGUGAGUGUGUUUGAGAGCUAUUGCUGCCAUUUGGAGAGGGAAGUGAGCUUUGGAGGAGGUUACCAUGUAGAGAGGACUUUGAGAUGUGCUCAAGAAAUCAAAUCAAGGCAAAAGUACCAAACCAGAUGUCUUCUCUCCUAGACUGAUUAAUACCCUGUUUAGGAGUGUACAGAGUUUUCAAUUGUAAAUUUGCUUUGGCAGCUUCCCCUGUUUUAGGAGUUUCAUUGGAGCUAGCCCAAAAUGUUCAUGUAUUAUGUAUAUAUCUUUAUUGUCAUUUUUUGUAGUAUAUUAGUAAUUUUGAUGCUUGUUGGCCAUUGCUCCUGAGUGUUUAUUUUGUUAUGUAUAACAAUGGAUAAAAGCAAGAGUGAGAAUGUGAACUUGCUUUACUCUUAUUUAUGUUGUCAACAAUUUGUUUAUAUGUUCUG